GCAGAGAGAGUGAGAGAGAGACAGCGAGACGGCAAAGGAGGAUAAAUGAACACGGGGGGGUUUUCUCUCAGCAUCGUCUGCUUUGAUCUUACUGCGAAGGACCAGACAGAGACUGAGACAUGAGCAAGCGGACAUUGGAGUGGUGAAAAGAGGCAAGAAGCAAGAGGAAAAAGAAGAAGAAACAGAAGAGCGAAGUAGGAGGGCAGAAUAAAAAGGAGAUAUUACACUUAAUGUCUCCUUCCCGCAAUUCAUGUAUACAGCACAUUACACAGUAAUGUCUUUUUGCUGGAAGCUGUGACUCUGUGGACUAUAGACAGAUAAAAGAGAGCUUCAAUCUGUGCUUUCUGCAGCAGAUGUUGAAGACAUCUUUUGACUUUAUAGGGAGCGGAGGCAUUUCAAGCAUAGAUUGGACUGGAAUUCCUUUAAACAAAGUCACAUUUCAUUCUUCUUUUCUUUUUUUUGUUGUGCCAUCAGCUGGGAAGUUUGCUUAACUGGAAAGACGAGAAGGAAUACACACGUUUGUUUUUGUGUGCUGCCUGCACCGACGAUAAACCCUGGGGGCUUCUCCCCUUUCUCCCCUGUCCUUUCCAUCCCUCCUGCAUUUGAAAUGGCAGAUGGCAGCAGGCUCAUCAUGGAACCGCAGCAUGGAGCUUUUUGUUUGGACUAAAACCAUACAGCUACUUUCAGAACCAACCAGUUACCUGUCAGAAUAGUGGGUUCUUUGGAUCAUCGGAUCCUUGAAGGGCCCCUGAGACACGUAUUCCUGCCCAAGAUGAUGAAUUCCUCCCUGGAUGCACUAAACCAGAGCUUUCCUGAUCCAUCCAACAUAUCUGCUCCCUUCUGCUUACUUGCGAUAGGAUAUUCCCAAAUGUUCACCACCUGCCUCCUUGAAGUCUCUAUCAUUUGUCUUCUCACUGUUCUCAUUAUUUCUGGUAACCUGGUGGUGAUUUUUGUGUUUCACUGUGCCCCCUUGCUUAGCCAGCACACCACCAGUGCUUUCAUUCAGACUAUGGCGUACGCUGAUCUGCUGGUGGGGGUCAGCUGCCUGUUCCCCUCCCUGUCCCUCCUCCAUCACCUUCAGGGUCUCGACCCGAAAAUCUCCUGCCAGGUGUUCGGGUACAUGGUGUCUGUUUUGAAAUCAGUUUCAAUGGUGUCGUUGGCGUGUGUGAGUGUAGACCGCUACAUUGCCAUCACACGACCCCUGACUUAUGCAUCCUUGGUGACACCUUGUCGAGUGCGAUGCUGCAUCGUUCUAAUAUGGUUGUACUCUGCUCUGGUGUUUCUCCCAUCGUUUCUUGGGUGGGGGAAACCUGGUUACCACGGGGAUGUGGUGGAGUGGUGCGCGGUUGAGUGGAGGACUCGUCCGGCGUUCACCACCUUUAUAGUUGCGCUGCUCUACGCCCCAGCCGCCCUCACAGUUUGCUUCACCUACGUCCACAUCUUCAAGAUCUGCAGACAGCACACCCGGGAGAUCAGCGAGCGCCACGCACGUUACCGGCCCCAACAAUUGCAGGGCCCGGGAUUGACUGUGGGAACUGCAGUCUACAGCAGUGCAGUAGAACAAGGGCAGUUGUCCCAACCACACAAAUCCCAACCACAGUAUCAGCAGCCCACAUCAACAUACCCAGACAAGCGUUACGCUAUGGUACUGUUCCGCAUUACGAGCGUGUUUUAUAUCCUCUGGUUGCCCUACAUCCUCUACUUUCUGUUGGAGAGUGGUGGGAUCUACCACCACCCUGCAGCGUCAUUCCUAACUACAUGGCUUGCCAUCAGCAACAGCUUCUGUAACUGUCUCAUCUACAGCCUCUCCAACUCUGCCUUCAGGAAGGGUCUCAAACGCCUCUGCUCCUUCUGUUUACAGCGCAGAGCCAGUGGCAGUGGCUUUGGGGUCCGGAGCACCAAAAAGGCUUUUGUUGGCUCUGUUGAAAAAGGAUGUGGAGGACCGGGGUAUGGAUUCAGUCAUGGGGAAAUAGGAAUUGGCACAACAUGUCAUGUGUAGAGCACACAAAGAGGAAACCCUUCUGCCAAAUAAGCAUUUGAACUUGUUAAAGAUGCCAGACGUGAUUGCUGUAAAAUGUGUCCUCUUUCAAGCUUAAAUGAGCUGUAAAGAGGUCGAAGGAGGCGAUGAUCUGCCACCUCUGUUUAUGUCGCAUUUGGAGGUUACACAGGCGUCAUCUCGGCACACAGCUGGCAAAGACAGAGAAAAGGAGUCAAGAGAAAAGCACUGAAUGAGAAAAGGCAUAAAUAGCCUUGCAAGGCGUUUUGAAAUGGUCAAGAAAACCCAGCAUACUUACAUGUUGAAAAGGAGAAGAAAAUCUCCGGAGGAAUGACCUCUUUUGAGGUUGAACAUUUGCAUCUUUACGUUUUCAUUAGCGGGAUGUGAAUCCUUAACUUAUUUUGCCAAAACGACAACACGUUACAAGGAAAGUGUUCCGAAAAGCUGAACGUUAAACAAUGUGACCUUUGAUUUGAUAAUCAGGGCAGUUUCAAACGGAACAACAGUUGUUUUAGUCAUGUGGUGCUGAGGUGAACUGCCAAAAGCAAGUUCUUUAAAUAUCUUUUUUCUUGCUCUUACCCUCUCAGUAUCUGAAUACUUAAGUGUGUUUGUGUGUUUGUGUGUUGUGUAUUUGUUGUGCCUCUUGUUGUUGACUGAUGGAUUGAGUUUAGUCAAUUAAAAAUGAAUGGAAAGAAGAAAUGAUGGAGGUCUAGACCCACUACAUUUAAUGUUCUAGUUUGUUUGCAUUGACUAAACUGAUUACGCUUUGUCAACAUCAAGACAUCUAUUCAUCAACUUUUGCAUUCAGAUUGUAUUAUUAUUAUUAUUAUUAUUAUUAUUAUUAUUUUCUGAUUGAUGGUGUGUAUUUAAGUGCUGAUUAGUAUAUAUAAUAUGAGAUGCUGCUCAUCUUGGUUGUACGCCUGUUAACUUAACAAAAAGCACAUUUUCAAAUCUCUGUUUUGUUAUAUAAACUAAAUGUAUUUCACAACUUUCCACGGUAAAGCAAGACCAUCAUUAUUUUAGUUUUUUUUAAUUUUUUUUUUUUAAGGCUUUGAUCAAAGAAAAACGUUAAGCUCUUUAAAAUAAUGACCCGUGAACUGUGAUCCUGACCCGUUGUCUUUGGGAUUGGCUGAGAGGAAUAGUCUAACGAGCAGUCUUAAAAUAGCAAUUGUGGAGAUUUCAUAAUUACAUAUUCUUGCGAAUAAUUACCGGGUUACAAACCUAGGUGUAUUUUAUGUAUUCUUUAUUUGGAACCUCAUUAUCUUCCACAAACAGGUCGCUUGUCUUCCACAAAAAAAUCAUUAACAAUAAAAACAAUUUUAAAUCAAACUGUCACUAAAACAAGAAAUGACUAAACAAGCCACAUGUCAGGAUAGAAGUGAAACAGCUCUGCUUAUUAAACAAUAAACAAUGGUGGCUUACAAUGGAAACAAAAUGGUCACUAAUAAUACUAAAACGAAAAGGAUUAUAAUCAAAAAGACUCUAAAACAAACCAAAAUAACAUCUACAUGAGUCAUCCUUUUUUGUUUUAGUGACUUUUUGAAAGACAAUCUACUUUUGGUCUGUCUGAUGUGGUGGGGAGCAUAUUCCAAGCAAAAUAAGUUCCAGAACAUUUUGAAUAAACAACAACGGACUAGAUUUUAAUUUAGCUUCCACAGUUAGCCAUGAUAAUCGUUUAUGCGAACCACACAUUAGCACAGAAAGAACAAUGAAAAAAACAAUCUGGCUGCUCUGUUUAGUUUGAUGUUCUGUUUAGAUAUUUCUCCGCUGCACUUAACCAAAUGACUGGGCAGUACUCCAGGUGUAUUGUGCUGUGCCUGCAUUAUUGUGCCUGCAUUCGGGGGCUUGUGUGUGUGUGUGUGUCUGUCUGUGUGUGUGUGUGUGUAUAACACAGGUGGAUCAAAUGUAAACAGAGCAGACAAAUAGCCCCUCUGGUUAAACUCUAACCUCUACAGCAGCAAGAAGAAGACUAACCCCUGAGGUUCAGUCGCUGAGUGUGCAUGUGAGCAUCUUUGUGCAAGCAUGUGUUGUCCACUUGUCCUCAUUUUGUGGGUUCUUGUCACUCCUAACUUGAUAUUUAAUUAAUAAUUAAUUCAUCAAGAAUAAUAAUAAGAAGAAAUGAAUCCAAGUGUACAUACAUUGUCCCUCAGCUGCAAAAGUGUGAACCAUUAUCACUAUUUUGAACAAAGGACCCUCAUGUCACAGUUUAUUUAGGGAAAGAUAAUCUAAUUUAAUGUAUGUUAUUCUAAUCUACCAAAGAAAGUUAUUGGAUUAUGGAUUAUGAUUUUUUUUUAAAGAAACGAUCUAAUAUAAGAUGAUUGAUUUUAGCAAAAUGCAAAUGGUCUUCACACAAAGCUGGUGUAGGUGUAUUGGCACAGUGAUGCCUUGUCUGCGUGAAUAUGACUGUUUCUCAGUAUAUAGUGAUAUAUGUUUGCCUUGAUAUACAAAUGAAGAUGAAUUGUUGGGGAAAGUAUUUUCCUUACAUUUCAUAGACCCACGACUGUUUUUCGAGGGAACGGCACGGUCUGUACAUUAGCCUUGAUUCCACACUCAGUACAUGAUAACCUGAGCCCCAUUGGUUUGUAAUUAAGAAAUGUCACUGGUAAUUCAGCUACACUUUAAACAAUUCUUAAUUUCCAAUCAUAGUUCCUCUCUUCUGUAAAACACAUGACUCAACGCUGUUAUUUUUUGCCUUCUAACUUAUUUGUUUGUGUAUGCAUGAGUGUGUCUGUUAGGAUGUGGCCAUUCGCUGAAUGUGACUGUUUAUGGUGUUCUAGCUAGGUUGCUAACAGAUUUCCAUUGCUUUGUUAGCUGCACAUCACUUCCCUUGAGUAUACUGUAUUUCGUUAGUGUUUGCUAGUAGGGUGUACAAUGGUGGAAGAGUCACAUGUUGGCUUUAUACAUUGUGACUGUUGUCUGUGAAGCAUUACCAAGUAUUGCUCCUAUUUGUACCAUCUUUAUUUCAGAAAUGACGUUUACAGACAUGGCAUGUACAGAAAUGGCGUAUUGAAUGUCUGCUUGUUGCUACAUACAUUUUAUUUUUGUAGGAUUACUUAGUUUCUGUCCUGAAAAGUUGUGAACUCUAAUUAGAUUGCAAUGCAUGCUUACCUAUUGAAAUGAUUCUCUAUGAAGAUGCAUUAUAUUUUACUUGAUCAUUUUCUGCUGUCUCUACUAAUAGAUAACUUUUGAAUGUAACACUCUGUCGAGGUGCAGUGGCAUGUUGGGUAAGAUUAGAAAGAACAAGAGAAUAUGGACACGGCGGCCGGUUUAGAAAUCUAUCUGGAGGUUAAAUGCAGUCUCCUGCCAUGAGAGUGGAAAGUGAUGAGUGAGUUACUGCUUUCUACAAAGAACAUGUGUCUCUAAAAAUGUGUUACAAACUGGAAGGCUAUCUGCAGAUAGGGUUUUUCCGUUAUGAAAAUAUAUAAUUUGCAAUGGUUCCUAGGUUCCUUAGCUACUGGCAUUGUUGUGUUUCUAGAGUCUUUGUAUGAUGCUCAUGUCAUUUAAUUUACAAGUUAUUCAACAUUAGAAGGUGGCUGUUGCUUCCUCUUCCGGCAUCUUAUGCGUUUGGCAAACCGCUUUAGUUGCACCGCCUCUUUCAGAACUGGGGCUACCCAGAUGUGAGUCUGUCUUAGGAACAAGCAUAGUGUUUAUGUAGCAUACUGUAUAUGUGGAUCAAUGUAAAUAUUAAGUUCUUAGAAAGUGUAUCUGGAUUUUAUUCAGAUGCAAAACACGGGAUUGUGAUGUGUGUGUGAUCGAGGCCUUAUUUAAAAUAACCUAUCAAAUUUAUUUUGAAGCGAGCAUUUUAAUUUUGAACAUAUUGUUCUCUGUUCAGAAAAACCCCAAUACAAAAGUAUUUUUACGCCAACUGAAUAUUGGUUGGCUAUUGGCUCACUCUUGUGGUGCACUUUAACACACACAUACAUAGAACGGUAUUUUCUUAUCCGUCUUGGAUUUUCUUCUCUAUAUUUUUCGUAAGGCUCUAGAUAAAUCACACCAAAUCACUAAUGGCUGACUUAUGACCCAGCUGUUCUGAGGAACAGAUUGUUAUCUCAUUUAUACGAGGCUGACCACUGUUAUAGAAUUUUGGUGUAGAAAUAAGAGUUUAUCUCUGCAUGCGAUUCUGUCCACAAUGAAUGAUGGAAAUUGCUCAGUCAACAAUGGGGCGUCUGUAAGUGUCAGAGUGAGAAAAUGAAGCCACUGUAUACAUAUAUGUGUUACUGUAUAGAUCAUGACAAACUGUCAGAUUUCAUACGUCAGGGGUGUUGAAUUUGUGAUGAGGUUUUUGUAAGAUGUAUACUUUUAUAGUUGGAGAAUGUAUGGGUAUGUAAUGUAACGCAAAAGGCCAAACAUGUUUGAUAUUGCUGUCAUGAAAGUGCGUCUCUGAAUUCUUUUCACCUUUUAUUUCAUUACACGAUUCUUUGUAGGUGAAAAGCCUAUAUGGUAUUCAAACAUGUACAUGUUGUGUAUCUGU